AGAACUCAUGAGCGUAAUUUGACGUUCCGUAUUAUUCCUAAGGCCUUUAAGUUAUCCAGUUUGCGUGCAUCCUAUAAUAAUUAAAGAGAUGUUGUGGCAGUUAUUUGCCUCUGUUAGACCUUUAACACAUUUUCGAUUAAUUCCACCAUAUAGGACAUGCAAAAGCAGGCCGGUCGGACAGCAUGAGCCUAUCGUAUACUCGAAAUCAAAAGCUAGCAAAUGGAAGGCCAGUCAAACAUUACGGGUUCCAGAUAGCGUUCAAAAUAUUCCGAAUGCUCAACCGUAUUCGAUAGUCGUUUCGCUCAGCAUCUUUAUGAUCUAUUUCUUCAUAUUACGGGAAGAGAACGACAUUGAUGAACUAUUCGAACGUCCACUUCAGCAGACGGUUACCGAUAUCAAGAAGACGGACUGGGGUCAAAUCGGAAGAAAAUAACGUAGCCAGUCGAAAUGGGUUUGCAGUGAAGCAAAAUGAAUGUUGUAUCAUACAAAUAAUAAAUUAAUAAUUCUUAAUGAAAAGUUUUUGCAGUAAACGUUUUAUGGUAAUGAAAGGAAUAGCACAAAUAUACAGUUCAGCUAAAUGCUAUACGUUGUACUUUGUAGCAAUUGAUUGCACUGUAGUUACGCGUACUAAAGCGGAAUAAAAAUCAAAGAAGAAGUCCCUUUACAUUUGCAACCUGGUUUACAUGUCCAGUUUCUUAAUGUCCAAGAAGGAAAGCAAGUUAUGGUAACGGAAAGGUUUUUGUUAUAUGAAAACAAGAGUAACUGUGUGAUGAAAAAGUAAGCUUCAUGAAAAAUUUACAGUGUUCAAUUUGGAAAAUAAUGUGAGAUUGUAAAUACGUACGCGAAGUUUACUAGUGACAUCUCGUUAGAGAAACUGAAUCGUUUGAUUCAAUUGUGUCAUACAAAAUAAAACCAUAUUAUGUCUGUUUCUUACAGAUGCGCUAGCUAGAAACUAGCUUAAUAGUAAACGCUAUUGAUAUUCUUUAUCCGUCUCGAAAGUUCAUUUAAUUUCGACUAAAAUAUUGUGCUACAGUACCCAUGCUUGCCCAGAGAUGACGGUUUUACGUCUGGACCGCAUUUUUGUAUUCUCCUUCGCUACUGCUUGCACUUUGUGCGUUAAAGCUAUUUGUGCUUAAGGUUUUCAUUUAUCUUACAGUUCGCGAAAAUUCUGAUGAGGUCAUAUCGAGGUACGAACGAUAUGUUGAAAAUGUAUAAUAUAAUUUACAUAGUUACGUAAAUAUAAUAUAAAGUGGCAUUAUUAGCCAUUUUAUAUUAUAUUGCGACAUGAUAUUAUACGGAGGAUGCCAAUAAUUCAUCACAAACACUAACACAAAUAAAUUUAAACUGUGGCACCAAAAUUGAAUGUGAAUAUUUGUCAGAUAAUGUAUAAAAACAAAUUUUCAGUUUCCCAUAAGACGCGUUGGCGCGAGAAAUUUUUAUUAAAAUUAACAGCCCCUCAUUCUAUAAUGGUGGCGUGCCUCUUUCAAAGAAAACCGUAGAUUUGUUGUGUAGACGAAGUCUUUCGAUCUGGAAAAGUGACCGAAAUUUGAAUGGGCCUGAUCCCGGUAGGAUGCUUAUGUGGUGAUAACUUCCUAACUAUGGUAGGUUGUUAGCCCACACUUUGUUUAGUUUGAAAUUGACGUGGUAACGGAAAUUAGGUAUUUAUAACAGCUGAUGUUGGUUCCGAUUCGAAUGCUGAAAAAAAGUUAAAUGUCUGUUUGGUACAAUAAUACUUCGCAUAUUACAAAAUACACCGCGUGACAAAGCGCCAUCUGGUAGGAGCAAGCCACAUUAUUCAAGUGGCCGACUAUUCAGCUGAUCGAAUCUGUUUAUCGUUCAUUCAGCAGGCCCGGAGCCUUGAGCGUGAGCCCCAGCAUAAGGUAACACACAGUGACAUUGUUCCAGCUAUUUCAGAAAUGAAUUCUUCCAGAAGAGGCCCACAGUUUUACUUGGUGCGCAUAACCACAGAAUCAAACAUCUGGCAUUCAAAUUACGCUGGCAGCCUUGGCUGAGCACUUACAGAAGAUCACUUAAUAAAUAAGAAGCAA